UGUAAAGCAGAUUUUCUCUUACAACUCUUCAGUAAAGAAAAGAAAAUCGUUUUUCUUGUUUUAUCGGAAAUGGAUCGAGGACUAUCAGUUUUAUGUUACCUAAAAUGCUUGACAUUGUAAAGAGAAGGCAUUUUGAUAGAAUUUUUCAAGCAGUACAAGACAGCCCAUAAACCAUGGGUGACCAUGGCCGAAGAAAUGCAAAGAAGCCCCCUGAUACCAGCCAGGACACACCCUUAAUGACUCUCUUCCGUGUGUACUCUAAAGCCCUAGAUGAGAAGAAUGAUAAAUAUGAGCGUAUUUACAAGACCAGCCGUGAUGUGACAGUACGCAGCAAAAGAGUCAUCUUCUCUCUUCAGAGAAUACCUGGCCUGAGUGAAGAAGAGAAGGAUGCAUUGAUGGUAUCGGCUACAAAUGAACUGCGUGACAUUGAGCGUACACUCCUAAAGCAUAUUGCCAUGGAACUUAGGGAUGAGGAGCCACACCAGUUUGUUAAUGCUUUUACUUCAGGCAUCCAGGAGUACAUUGAGGCCGUGUCUUUCCACCACUUUCUGCUGACGGGGACAAUUAUCAGCCAUGAGGAAGUGCAGCGUCGUGUAACCUUUGGGGACCAGGAGGAAGACCAGACAGACUUGGUUCCCCUCAGUGUGCUAGUCCAGCCCAAGGAAUACAUCCUGGGGAUUGCUGACCUCACGGGGGAGCUUAUGAGGUUCUGCAUCAAGAGUGUGAGCACAGGAGACUUUGAGAAAUGCUACAAGAUCUGUGAAGUCCUCAAAAAGAUGCAUGGUGGCUUCCUGUCCCUUGGUUAUAUCCCAGCCAAGGACCUUUACAACAAGGUCACUGUUUUUAGGUCAAGUCUACACAAGGUGGAAGAAGCAUGCUACUCACUACAACUGCGGAAAUCAGAGGUGCCAGCGGAAAUGCUGGGUGAUGUCUUUGCUCUCUAUGAUGCAGAUGACCACAGCACAGGAUUUAUGUAAUAUACUGAAGCAGCUGGAUCUUUGUUUUUUUCAUGUGCACACAAGAUUUUUGCAUAAGCUUGCACAGAAACUGAUUUGUAUUAAGGAUUAUGAAAAUAUGUGACUCACACUGUGUGGCUUUAUUUUUGAUGCGAGAGAUUACAAACUAAAUUAACCUUCAUUUAUAAGGUCUUUGUAUGUAGUUAAUCUUGUUUUUCUUAUAUUUAUUGAUGUGAUAUGAUGUUAUUGCUUUUUCUUUGUACUUAGUGAUACUUUAUCCCAUAUGAGUACAAUUUAUUUUUAUUGAUAGUCAAGUAAGUUUAGGGAAAAAAAAAGGAAUUCAGUCAAUGUAUAGGUUAUUACUGUAUCUUACCGACAUCAAAUAACCUUGUCUGUGAUCUCUGUAUUUCAUAUUUUAUUUCUGAAGCAAAGUAUAGUGGUUCUGACAGGCACUCUUUAUCUUGCUAAUAUUGUGUAGUAAUGCAAGUUUUAAGAUAUAAUAAAUAUUUCAUAUAAUUUUAGUGCAGUAUAAUAAUUUAAGAACUCCAAAAUGUAAAAUUUAGUUUCAGUAAUAAUAUAAGGAUGUCUUAAUAGCAAUUCUGAUCUUGUCAGUCCCAUGUUCAUGCUUAUUUAGGAAUCUUUGUCUUCUCUCCUACCAAAAUAUAAUUAAAUUAGUACAAUUAGGACAUGAUAAAGGUAUGUAGAAACAUUUAUAACUUUAAUUUUAAUAUCAGCAAGGUUGGUUAAAUAAUUUUAUCAGUAUCUAACUUCUGAAUAAAAAGCAAAUUGU